UGAAAAAUCAAAGAUGAUCAGACCAGGUUCCGCUGUAAAAAGAAAGCAACAGCAGGCAAAGACGUCUGCUCCUCAGCCAAAGUCAAAGGAGAUUAAGAUGCCUGAAGCUAAGGAUUACCUAAAGGAUAGGGAUUAUAUUGGAGCUAUCACUCUCUUGGAUUGUGAAAGGAAGUAUUCAAAGAAGCAUGAUCUUAAAACUUUACUCAGCUUGGCAUACGCUUGCUUCCAUAAUGGAGAUUAUAAGAAGGCAAUUGAUACUUAUGAUGAGCUCAUGAGAGGACAUGAUUAUGAUAAGAAUUUCCAUCUUUACAAAGCCUGCUGUCUCUAUGCUGAAUGUAAGUACAAAGAAGCUAAGAAAGAAUGAGAAAAGGCAGGAGAUAAUGUUGAUGGAGGGCUUUUUAUCCGUCUCAUGUUCCAUCUUUCCCAUAAAUUAGGCGAGGAAACACAGAUUAUGAAUUAUCAUCAGCAACUUACUAGCAGUAUUAGAGAUGAGCUUUGUAUUGCUGCUCUUCAUUAUUUGAGAAAUCAUUACGAGGAAGCAACAGAGAUCUAUAAGAAAUUGCUCUUGGAAAACAGAGAUUUUCAUGCUCUAAAUGCAUAUGUAGCUCUUUGUUACUACAAACUUGACUACUAUGAUGUCUCUUUAGAAAUACUAGCUGUGUAUUUGGGCAUCAAUCAGAAUUCUAUCAUUGGAGUUAAUCUCAAGGCAUGCAACCAUUAUCAGCUAUAUAAUGGGAAAGCAGCUGAGGCUGAGCUCAAGGUCCUCCAAAACAGCUCUACUAGUGGAGAUGUCUUCCAGGAUAGUGACUUAUUAAGACACAACUUGGUUGUUUUCAGAGGUGGUGAGAACGCACUCCAGGUUCUUCCGCCUUUAGUUGACAUCAUCCCAGAGGCAAGACUAAAUCUGGUAAUCUACCAUCUCAAGAAUGAAGAGGUAAAUGAAGCAUUCAAACUUGUUAAAGAUAUGGAGCCGGUCGUUCCAAAAGAAUAUAUCAUCAAAGCUGUUGUCCAUUCAGUCAUUGGCCAAGGAGAUGAAAGUAAGGAGCAUCUAGGAAUAGCUCAGAAGCUCUUCCAGCUUGUAGGAGGAUCAGCAACAGAAUGUGACACUAUCCCAGGAAGACAAUGCAUGGCUUCAUGUUUCUUCCUUCUUAAGCAAUUUGAUGAUGUGUUGGUGUACUUAAAAUCUAUCAAAUCUUAUUUCCUAAAUGACGAUGAUUUCAAUUGGAACUUUGGUAUUGCAUCUGCUUCAGCUGGUGAAUACAAGGCUGCUGAGGAGGCUUUACUUCAGGUUCAAAAAUACAGAGAAGAUUAUACCUACCUAUCAUGGCUAAGUAGAUGCUAUAUCAUGAACGGAAAGCCACAACAUGCAUGGGAAAUCUAUAUUAACAUGGAGACCUCUAACGAAAGUUUAUCGUUGCUCAAUCUGAUUGCUAAUGACUGCUAUAAAAUGGGACAAUUUUAUUAUUCAGUUAAGGCAUUUGAUGUUCUCGAAAGACUCGAUCCUGAUCCAGAAUUUUGGGAUGGAAAGAGAGGAGCAGCCAUUGGUCUCUUCCAACUCGUAGUUGCAGGCCAAGAAACAAGAGAAAAAUUGAUUGAGGUAAUUAGCAUGCUGAGAAACACGAGUAACCCACAAGUUGAAUUCUUUAUCAAUGUCAUGAAGAAAUGGGGAGAAGACAACGGAUUUAGUUUCUAAUUUCUGAGAAAAUUAGAC